UCCACCCCUUGGGAGCGGCAGGCCACCAUCUUCCUCCGGCUGUUCACCGCCGAACUCGCGCUCCAUCUUGCCCUGUUCCCCCGACCAAUAAACACAGACACUUCAAUCACCAAUCUUACCUAAAGGUUUCUAGCCUUUUUUUUUUUAAUAAUGGUGAUUGCAUUAAAAAAGAAAACCGAGUGUACAAGGUUUAGGGGAUCUGAACUACGAAGAACAGAACAGCAAAACCCAGAAAAACCAGCAAAAAACUACAAGGAAAAGCAAAAGCGAAAGGAAAGGGGGAAGAAGAGCAACUCAAGAAACCGCCGAGUGGACGAGACCACUCCCGCAUAUAGAACAAGACAGGUUACAGGCGAGAAAGACAGUUAUUCAAACAAAUAGCAGCCGAGCAUUUAUCAAUUUUGUCAUGAGCAGAGACCCAAGAGAUGACACUUUUAAUGGCAUGUCGAGCAAUAAUGGAGGCUUCAGCCUUAUGAUCUCUGAAAAUACGCUGGUUUCGUUGAUUCCAAAUAAGCCAGUAGGUGGCGUGAAGGAUACCAGACGCAAGCCAACCAUUAAAAUCGAUGGGAGUCUCGGUGGGUCUGUUGUUGAUGAUUGCAAUGAGGUCACCUUCGAGGCUUCCAAUCCUUGGUGCGCCUCUUCUGAUAGUAUUCCACACCUUUUGAAUGUACCUGCACUUGACAAACAGAUGAGUGGCGUCUUCCUCCUCCUGGCAACGCAUAACGCAGCGAUUCGGGAGGACCAUCCCUCUUUUUUUAAGAACAUCCACGGUGAGGAUUUUCUUAUUCCACAAAGACCAAAGAAAGAAGCAGAUUUUGCUAGGAAUGAAUGAUUUCCACACUGCUGAGGGCUUGAAAUUAGGAAGACCAGGGAAUUUCUCUUGGGCCAUGCCUUUAUAGCAAGAGCUAACGGUGAAACCAUUCUCCGGGUUAGGGGUCCAUAUUAACCUGCAAGGGCUGUUAGCCGACAAAACACAGUUGCUAUCCUAUAAAAUGUUCAUAAGAUU